UCUCUCUCUCUCUCUCUCUCUCUCUCUCUCUCUCUCUCUCUCUCCACUCCCGUGCAUCACAACCUAGUGGGCUUUACCCAGACUGCACCGCAUUGCCGCUGCUCUGCUGCUGCCAGAGGACCCAACCCACCAAACUAACGCGCUAACACACAGAGAGAGAGAGAGGAUCGGUGCUUUCAGAUGCUUCUACCCGCAUCUGGAAACUGGAUGCUGUGCAGAUUUUGCGGUAGUAUUUAUAAUAUGCAGCAUUUCCCUCCCCACCUCCUCUCCUUCUCUCUGGAUCUGGGCUCUGAUUCGCUGUCCUGCUCCCUAAUGCCAACACUUUGGAGACUGGAGUGACUCCGGGAGUGAUUUUGGAGAUCAUACUGCUGCAUAGUCCCAGAAAGACAAGGAUACAAGUUGGUGAUGAAUGGAGCUGUUUACUUGAGAACUCCAUACAGGCUGUUUCCAACAUGGGUGUUGACUGACUGGAGCACGGAGGUAUGAAUUUGCACUUGUGAGGAUUAAAUCUACGCUCAAUAAUUCCCGGACCAUGCAGAUUCUGCCGCCUUGGACGUUAUUUGUGUUACUAGCCCAUGCGCAUGUUUUACUAUCCCUGAGAAAUAAUGAAGAAGUUAAAGAGGACAGAAAAGCCGGCGCACACUCUGCACGGACUUUCCAUGGGUCACCCCGGGAGAGUCACCACAAAAAAGCCUGGGAGCGUGCGCUCUCGCCGGGGUACGCCACAGGUGCGUCCUCGGAGGCUCAGCGGGCGAUUAUCCGAGGGCCCCUGAACUCCACUCACCCAUGGAAGAGGGUAAUUGCUGGGGAGACAAGGCGACACAACAAACGCGACUUCAUUAGGACUGUGACCCCCGGGGAGGAUCCCCACGCUGCCUCACAUUGGGACCCGACGCGCCACCACAAUAGGAGGAUAAAGUUGAAUGGUAGUACGGGGACGCCAGCAGGUGGACACUACAAUGCCGCUAAGCCCUCUUCAAUGGGUGGAGAAGGGGGGCUCGAUGAUAGCGACAGGCACAGGAGGGGCACAAAAGAUGAACACAAGAAAGGCUCCAAGAGGGGGAGAGCCCGGCUGAACAAAAGCGUGGGGGUUUUGGCUCAGUCUUGGGAACCCAUCCCCAAACCUCUGGCCCUCACCUCCACCGACUUGCCCUUUGACCUCUUCACCAGGAGGCCAGAGUUCAUCACUUUCAGGGAGGAGAACCCCUGGGACGCCACGCCAAUCACCCCUCCAAGCUCGCAGGACUUUGGGGAUGAGAUCAAGAACCCCUUCUACCCGGUGACCAGCGAGACCUACGGAGCGUACGCCAUCACCUGCGUCUCCGGGGUCAUCUUCCUGGUGGGCAUAGCGGGGAACAUUGCCAUCUUGUGCAUCGUGUGCCAGAAUUACUACAUGAAGAGCAUCUCCAACUCCCUGCUGGCCAACCUGGCAGUGUGGGACUUUGUGCUCAUCUUCUUCUGCCUGCCCAUGGUGGUGUUUCAUGAACUCACCAAGUCCUGGCUGCUGGGGGAGUUCACCUGCAAAGUGGUGCCCUAUGUGGAG